ACUUCAAAAUUUUCUUUGCAGACCCAGUAAUGUCCGCAUAAAGUCACGCUAAAAACAAGAUGGCGACCGCUGGCGCAGUCCUCUUGGAGGCGAGGCCGUUCCGGCCCUUCAAGUCCUCUGAGGAAUACCUGUAUGCUAUGAAGGAGGAUCUGGCAGAAUGGCUGACGGUCCUUUACCCUGAACUCCGCAUCAAUGCUGAUAACUUCCUGGACAGAUUGGACACUGGCGUCGCUUUAUGCAGGCACGCCAACGCAGUCCGCGAAUCAGCGCGCCUGAUCCUGGACACGCCGCACCCUGAAUCCGAAGACGCCCUGUCCCUAGCCAAGGCUCUACGCUCCAGGCCUCCAGUCAACAUGCUCCCAGCAGCCAAAGCCGGCACAUUCUUCGCCAGAGACAACCUCUCCAACUUCAUAGAAUGGUGUCGUAGAGCUCUGGGAAUUUUGGAGUGUCUGCUCUUCGAAACUGAUGACUUGUGUCUUCGAAAGAACGAGAAGCACGUAGUUCUAUGCCUUCUUGAAGUAGCUAGAAAGGGCGCGGUGCUCGGCAUGCCUGCUCCCUUGUUGGUGCAAAUGGAGAAACAGAUUGAACGGGAGUUAGCUGGUGAGGAAAUAAGACCUGAUCAUCCGACGCUAGGUCUUGUGCCUUCAGGUCCUCAGCCCCAGUUAGUGACAAACGAUUUGAGGAGUUUGGACGAGAGAGUUCGGGAUCUGGUUGAAAGGUGCUCUUGUCCCACCCAGUUCCCCAUGGUCAGGGUGUCUGAAGGAAAGUACAGGAUUGGUGAUACCAGGAUGCUGAUUUUUGUUAGGAUCCUGCGUUCCCACGUGAUGGUCCGCGUUGGCGGCGGAUGGGACACCCUCGCCCACUAUCUGGAUAAACACGACCCCUGCCGCUGCCGCGCUCAGCACCGGACUUCUCUCUCCGCGCGCCUCGCUCGUCCCAAACACGACCUGGUGGGCGCCACGGUCACCUACGAACGUCCAGACCCUGGCCCGACCUCGCUCCCUUACACCAAGACAGAGCCCAAGGGAUAUGAACCCACUUCCCUGCCUUAUGAGGGACAGUACCAGUCCAACCGUCUCACCGAGCCGACCAGCCUCCCAUACCUUGGAGAAUCAGACAGAUCCCAUUCUCCGAGUCGGAAGCAUCUCGCUCCGAGAUCCAUUAGCCCUGGAAGGAAGUCAUCAUCUCCUGAUAGGAGAACUAAGAUCGUCCACACGAACCACCUGGUGCCAACUCCUCAUGGGUUGAGGAAUAAAAGUCCUCGGCCGGUUUCUCCCGCGCCUGCUACGGAAAGCGCUUCUGACAACGGCUCUGAAGUGUCUGAUGAAGGGUACAGGAGCUUGGGCGUGGUGGCUGGGUCCACCCAGGGCUCUCCAUCGAUGAAGACUUUGAACAGAUAUUCGAUACACAGCCAGAACUCAAUGGAUGACGCUGAAUUCAAUGAGCGUCUCGACCAAGACGACGGUUGUCACAUGGACAAAAACGAGCGAGACGACUACGUGAGCCUCAGCACGGGGCUCCGCAAGACCGACUUCUCCGACACGUUCUACGGCGGCCGCAAGCCUGGCUCCAUCGACGGGAAGUCCAAUCGAGGCAGUCCUGACCGAGUGGUCGUGCAGGAGAGCAACGACUCCCCUAGCAAGAGCUUGAGACCAAGCAGAGAACCCUCUGAGUCUCCCACCAAGACGAUCAGGAGCCGCCAAGCCAGCAGGAUUCCUCAUUCGCCGGUCAGGAAUCGCACGCCCAGCCGCGGCAAUACCCCUAGUCCUAAGCAUACUCCGAACCCAGCUCAGACCUCACCGAAAUUGACGCCGAAGCUGCCACCCACAGCGAGGAAUACCUGGGCUGGUAGAACGGGUCCUACCCAAGCUAAGGCUAAGUCAAGGCCAGCGUUGGGAGCUGAUACCUUCGAGAACCCGAACAAGUCGCCCAAAGCCGCUCCUAAAGCCGCUCAGAACGAUGCUUUCAAAAGGAAUUCUCCUCUUAGGGCAAGCAGUGCUACCCUCAGGUCCCCACCGAAUCAAAAACAGCUUAGCCCACUGCUAGAACAAAUCUUGAGGUCGGCUGAGACGGCGAAAGAUGAUGCCACUGUUCUCGAAAAAAUGAAAGAGAUCAUUAGGACUUACUCUAAAGGAGACGACUCGUUAUCCAGAACCAGUUCAAAAGAUUCAGAUUACGCUGACUUCACCUCAGCCUGGGUCAUGUCAGAUGGAAAAUUGGAAAGGUCUAUGAGUACCAGGCAGCUGGCUUCACCUAGGAAAGACCAGAGAAACGGUCCAUCGAGGAUACCAGCUCCUGUCUCCAUAGGAUGCCGGAGGUCGACAUCAACGUCGCAGUUCCAAUGACAGAGCUCUGCGGAGAGUGUGGAUAAAGAGUCCGAGCCUUGAGUCCGCUGAGGCUUAAGUCUGCAUCAAUCGAAAAGCUGCGGACUUAGAACAUUGCGUGUGGUUUGCGUUUUAUAACGUGAGUGAGACGCUGUAUAGUAUUAGUGCGAGCUAGUUCGGAUAGAUGGCGUUAAAACGUUCUCGAAUGGUGAUACACGUUGACAUGACUUAUGAAAAAUAUAUCAAAUUCAUAUCUAUACGGAGAUAUUUUUGCAAUUUUGCUACAUAUUUAAAGGUAGACAAGUUUUAGUUUCAUACGUAGCUUUUACCAUGGGAAAAAUUUUAAGCAUUUCUUAGUUUUUCUUUCGUUGUAUGUAUGAGACUAACUUGUGGCGUAAUAGGUAAAAAAGACAAUGUAUUGUUUAGCUAUGACCACGUAUAACAUGUUUGUAUGACCACCAUGUACAAUAAACAUACUUCUCGUGGUUGAUUUUAAAGAAUGAACCCCAAGAAAAAAAAAAAAAAAUGGCGAUUUUCCAAACGCCUAAUUAAAGAUGGGCGAGGUUCGUUCUGAAACCGGAAUUUCAUCUUAAAUAGUUUUAGUACUAACUCUUAUUUUAUUUAAAUUAGAAAAAGUACUAACUCUUGACUAUUAAAUUUUACGAUCGAGAUAUCUAAAGAUAUCUGUUUUAUUUUUUUACAAAACUGCCCAAAUGUAGGUAAUAGUACACAUUUUAAAGAAUCUCUGAUAAAAUUACAUUUAAUGUUGGGCAUUUUUUUAUAAUUUGAUUUAACCAGAUUUUUUUACUUUUUUGUUAAGCUAAAGAUUAUUAUUUGCUAACGAUUUAAGUUUAAAGGUGCUAAGUUAAAUAUUAAAUUGUUUUAAGUACAAUAAUGUUAUUUUAAAUGUAAUUUGAAGAUUCACAAUUACUUUAAUGUUGAUUUAAGAUGGUUUUGAGUUGGUUGUCUGAAAGAUAAAAAAUAUUUUAGAACAUUUAAGAACAGUUUUUUGGAACAAUCAGCUCGAAACCGUGAAUCCCCCACAACGAUCUAGUGUCUAGCACAAAUAUAAAAACUGCAUUUCGAUUUUUUUACAUUUACCCGGUUUUUGUAAACGAACGCAUCAGAAAAAACCAUUCCAAGUAGCCGGGAGUUUUGGCAAUUUUUAUUUUAAAAUUUUUGAAACGUAAUCUCAUUUUGUGUAGGUUGUGAUGGAGUAGAGCUUAUAACAUAAUCGUAGAGUUUUUUUUACUUCUUAAAGCACUUAGAAUACAAAUAAGUAGGUAACAUCAUCCAUUUUGUACCUCAUGUGUAAAAUAAGAGAUGACAUAUUUUUUCAUUCACUUAAAAUAAUGUUAGACCGUCCAAAAGGUAAUGACGAAAUUUUAGAAAAUCACUUUCUUAUCCUAACACAUUUUCAAGUAGAACAUUGUAGAACAUUUUUCAGGUAAAUUUGGGGAUACAGCUUUCUUCAUUCAUUUUGCAUAAAUAAUUUAAUGUUAAUUAAAUUAAUGAUUGAAGUAAAGUGUUAUUAUAAUUAAUUAUAAUCAUAUUCUUAAAAUCACCAAAUUUUAUCUAGCCAAUAAUUUAUCUGUGCUUUUUGUGUCAAAUAUAAAAAAUAAAAAAAUACCUACUUAAAAAAUCAAUAGAAUUAAAACCUACUUUUUAGAUUAUAACGCUCUGCCCGCUAAAUAUUGUAAAAAAAUAUUUCUUUAAAUGUGAUAUUUUAAUUCAUGUAUCACACGCUUUAUAAUUAUCACAUGUAAAGGCAGUGUAUACAUGUAUCGUUCAGCCGUAAUAUAAAAUAUCACAUGGCAAAGCGAUUUAACAAACACGAUUAUUUUAAUUUCGCUAUUUUACUAUCCAGUAAAGCUAGAUUUUAUAAGGCAUGGUUUACAUUACAUGUUCCGAAAAAAAAAUGUUCUAAAAUUUUUCAAAAUGUUUUAACGAUAGUGCUGUACGUGUGAUGUAAAGCAUGUCUAAUGUAGAGGCUAAGUGACUUGUUAUAAGGUACGACGUAAGGUUACCAGUGAUUAUGCCAUAGAACAUUGUUAUCUUUCACUGAAUAAACGAUAAAAUACACGUAGA